GUUUAGACAAUUCCACUAGCUUUUAAAAUUUCCUCUACCCAAAAACUCCCCAGUUCACUUCAUUCCCUUGUGAUAAUGAAACCAUCAGACCUAAAUCUUGUUAACUUAAUCUCCCUAUUAACAGUCCUAACUUGGUUUGGAUUAACCAUAAUAUUAUCAUACCAAACCUCAUGGACUUUCGGUAAUACUUUCUCCCUCUCCACGCUUUUCUCACUCCUCUUCUUCUCUUUCAACCACUGGCUAAUCCCGGGAGGUUUUGCAUGGUCAAACUACCACCAUCAUGACAAAAAGCUGAUCAGCAUCCGGGGCCCAAUGGGCUGGCCGGUGCUGGGGAACUUACCCGAAAUGGCCUCUCGUCUAGCCCACCGAAAGCUGGCCCACUUGGCGUCCAGUCUAGACGCGAAGCGGCUGAUGGCGCUCAGCCUCGGCUCCACGCGCGUGGUCAUCAGCAGCCACCCGGACACGGCGAAGGAGAUCCUCGCCGGAUCGUCGUUUUCCGACCGCCCGAUCAAGGAAUCCGCUCGGUUGCUGAUGUUCGAACGGGCAAUCGGAUUCGCCCCCGCCGGGUUCCACUGGCGGCACCUGCGGAGAAUCGCGGCCGUCCACAUGUUUUCCCCGAGGUCGGUCGCGGGACUGGAGGGCCUACGGCAGCGCGUGGCUGACGAAAUGUUGGCGCGCGUGGGGGUGCAGAUGGAGGAGAAAGGGGUGGUGGGAUUGAGAGGAAUGUUGCAGGAGGGUUCUCUAACCAACAUAUUAGAGAGUGUUUUUGGCAGUAGCAGUAGUUGUCGUUUUGGUGAGUUAGGGCAAAUGGUCAAAGAAGGUUAUGAGUUGAUUUCUACGUUUAAUUUGGAGGAUUAUUUUCCUCUGGGUUUUAUGGACUUUCAUGGUGUUAAGAGAAGGUGCCAUAAAUUAGCCGCUAAGGUUAAUACUGUUGUCGGCCAAAUAGUGGAAGGGAGAAAAACUAGAGAGAGUCAUGAGAAUAAUAGUAAUAAUGACUUUCUUAGUGCUUUGCUUUCCUUGCCUAAGGAGGAUCAGUUGAGUGAUUCCGACAUGGUGGCUAUACUGUGG